UUUCGUUUCUUUUCGCUGUACUUAGAUUGUUUUUAUGGAAUGCAGUUGUUCUUUGAUGGUAUGGUACUGAGUCCUUUAAACCCGUAAUUUGUUCUAAUAUUCAUUGUGCUAGCAUAUAUUGGAACUUGUGUACUAUUUUCUUGAUUUCAAGUUUCAGCUAAAGGCUGGAAUCUAAGCCUCCUUUUGGAUACUAAAUAUUGUCUAUUUCAAGUCUAGUGCCUUAACUCUCUUGACUAUAAACAUCUACAAUACCAUUAUUAUGUGUGUGACCAGCAUGUAUAACAUCUCAACUUACUUUCUUCAAAAGGACACUUGUAAGCUAUGUUGUACUUUUAUCUUAAAUGCAGGCAAACAAUGACUUAUCCUUCCUCGUGGAUGUCUGAAUUGCCCCCGCAUAUAUCGCGAAAACCCCUUAAUUUGAUAUCUAUUCCAGGUAGCCAUGAUUCAUUCACAUAUUCCAUUACUCAAAGUAGCCGACCUUCACCAGAGGGACCUAUCUAUCAUCUAGCCAAAUAUAUUCCUCGUAAACUGUUAAGUCGAAUCUUAUACCCAUGGAGUGUGACACAGUCAUUAAGUUUAUCCGACCAGUUAAAAGCUGGUAUUCGAUAUUUUGAUUUUCGUGUGUGCUCCAAAAGAAAAGGAAAAAGAAGAAGGUUAAAACAGAGUGAUAGUAUUGAUUAUGAAUUUUACUUAGUACAUGGACAAUACGCCAAUCUACUUUCAAAAGAACUUCAAAGUAUUCUGGACUUUCUUCAGUCCAAUCCCAAGGAAAUUGUUAUUGUGGAUUGUAAUCAUUGUUAUUAUUUUGAAACAGAUGAACAGAAAAAUUGCUUUGAAUCACUUGUACUAAAGACUAUAGGUACCAGUAUGUUUCCUUACCAACCAAACAUUCCCUCCUUAAACGAUAUGUGGAAUGCUAAACAGCAAAUCAUAUUUAUAUCUUCUCAUCGAAAGAAUCAUGAGAUAAAGCACUACAAAUUUUGGCCAUCUAAUUGCAUCGAAUCAUUUUGGCCUGAAACUAUUGACCCACUGACUAUGAUAUGUUUUUUAAAUAGACAUAUUGGACCUCAUCAAUAUCGACCAGCCAAUUCUUUCUAUGUACAUCAAGGUGUUCUCACACCGACAGUGGCAUUCAUUUUACGCCAUCCAUUUUCUUCAGUUCAUCAUUUAGCUAAAAUUGCUGCAAAAUACUUUGAAGGUUGGGUAAAUAAUCCUGAUCGUCGAGCUGGUGUAAACGGUGUUAAUAUUACACUGAUCGAUUAUGUUUCAACAACGUAUCCCAGUUACAUACUUGAUGUUAUAUCGAUAAAUUAUAAAACUUGGCCAAGAUGUUAAACUAAUUGCUCAACUGUUUAAGACAUCAACAUACACCUCUAUUCAUAUUUUAUAUUCUUUCAGUCUUGUUUUAUUUUUUAUUAUACUUGAUCUUACUUAUUUAUUAUAAGUUAACUUCUUAUGAUCUGGUGAUUUUUGAAUGAUUUUCUUUUAUUUAUCUGUGAUAUAAAUAAUUUCACUGACUCUUCUUUUUGUUUUUAUGAAAGUUUUAUUUAUAUUUUCUGUCAGUAAACUUAUACACUUACGAAUUAUGAUGAUCAUACUUUUAUCGCCUGCAUUCACUUUCUUUUUCUUCUGCUGAAAAUUAUGGUUAAUGAUUCCAUGGGUUCCCCCUUGCUGAAUACUGACGACUAAUCAACUACUGUGGCAUAACUGUAUUGAUGAGUCAACAAAUAACUAAUUCAAACGAUUUCAUAAAUCCAGGCUUCAAGGUCGUCCAAUCGCAUUAUAAUAGACAUUCUACUUCGGUUUAAUUUGUCCAGAUUGGUGUAAGCUAGUUGGUGGUCUAAGCGUCUUUCAGCUGGUUUACACAAAGUCAAGGGGAUAUAAAAGUUGUCGGAUAUAACUGUUUAUAGACGUUAUCUAGUUAUUACUAUACCUUUGAUGUCGUACUAAUGGUGAAUACCGUUUUCUGGUCGCUUGGAGGUAAAAUAAAAUUGCACUUAAACCCUACUCUAUUAUAAAUUUAGAAUGAUGGUUCUUCAGCGAAACCCACAAUAACAUAAAGUUUGGUCAGUUAACUUGCUUGAAUUGUUAGUUCUACGGCGAUACACUAGUAACGGUUAGAAUGUUCACAUAGACAGCUGACCUUGGAUAUUCUUAGUUUACCCAUGGUAUUUUUAUUUAAAACAGAAAAAAUCUAAGUGGGCUGCAUAUCAAUCUUCUUAUAUUUUUCUUC